UCAGUAAUGGCCAGGGGCGGACUGAUAACUCAUGGGGCCCCCGGGGGCAAUAGGGGAUCAUGGGGCCCCUGUGUCCUUGCUCAAACUCAAAAAAGCCUAUGAAAAAAGGUACCAGGGGCAUCUCAUGGGGCCCCCUACUGACCCCGGGCCCUCAGGCAGUGCCCUAGUUUCCAAAUGGUCAGUCCGCCCCUGGGUGGAUCCCAACUGUCAGCUAAAAAAACAGGUCACAGGAGUGCAGAAUGAACUGAACUCCUGUGACCCACAGGAGAAGUACAGCCAAAAAGAGCUUUGGCUGUACUUCUCCUUUAAGUAAUGUGUUUUUAU